AAGACCCCUUUCUCUAUCCUUUUCCUUCCUUCCUUCCUUCACUAACAUGUAUUAUCUCUUUUCUCUCUGUUAGAAGCAGUAGGUGAAAAGCAAAGACUCCCUCUCUCUCUCUUCCUCACCCAGAGAUUACAUUACAAUAUUACUGCACAACCACUACUGUUUCCCUCUACCUAAUCCAAUACCUAAAGCCACAAACAACAAUAAAAUCACCUCAACAACACCAAACAAAUAAAUUAAAUCCAGAAACUGAGAGAAAAAAAAAAUUAGAACUGAAAAAGUGAAAACAGGAAAAUAAAAUUAAUUUAUAUACUUAUUGAGAAUUUAUGGUGGUAGUUCCGUUUGUCUCUUUUGUUGACUGUGUUAUCUACCGCGAAUCAGAAACCCUAACCGCAUUGCAGGCUCACUAAUUCGUGUUACAGAUCUUGGACUGACUUCUAACUCGCCGAUCUAAUCGAGUUAAUCAGUGAGUCGGACUCAAUGGACGAUUCUGGCGGUUUAAUGUGUUGAAUAAUGUUAAGCAUUUUGAAUUUGAAGUACUGUUGUAGUGUUCAAUGUCGGCUUCUCUAGCGGCUUUCGAGCGGCCAAGAGCUGGAACUACAAAUACGGUUUUCAAGAGUGGGCCACUUUUCAUAUCUUCUAAAGGAUUAGGCUGGAAAUCUUGGAAGAAGCGUUGGUUUAUCUUGACACGCACGUCAUUGGUGUUCUUCAAAAAUGAUCCUAGUGCCCUACCACAACGAGGUGGUGAAGUAAAUCUAACUUUAGGGGGCAUUGACUUGAAUAAUUCUGGGAGUGUUGUUGUCAGAGAAGAUAAGAAGUUAUUAACUGUCUUGUUUCCUGAUGGGCGUGAUGGGCGAGCAUUCACUCUCAAGGCUGAGACAUCAGAGGAUUUAUAUGAGUGGAAAACGGCUCUUGAACAUGCCCUUGCACAAGCACCAAGUGCGGCCCUUGUCAUGGGACAUAAUGGGAUUUUUCGCAGUGAUACAAAUGAGGCUGAAGGGUCUUUUCAUCAAUGGAGGGAUAAACGUCCUGUUAAGUCUUUGGUUGUUGGAAGACCGAUUUUGCUUGCCCUUGAAGAUAUUGAUGGGGGUCCAUCUUUUCUUGAGAAGGCUCUUCGAUUUCUAGAGAGAUUUGGAACUAAAGUAGAAGGAAUUUUGCGACAGUCUGCUGAUGUUGAGGAGGUUGAACGCAGAGUUCAAGAAUACGAACAAGGAAAGACUGAUUUUGAACCAGAUGAAGAUGCUCAUGUUGUUGCUGAUUGUGUCAAGCAUGUCCUAAGGGAGUUGCCUUCCUCUCCAGUUCCGGCAUCUUGCUGCACUGCAUUGCUUGAAGCUUAUAAAAUUGAUCGUAAGGAAGCUCGAAUUAAUGCAAUGCGCUCUGCAAUAUUGGAGACUUUUCCUGAACCAAAUCGACGUUUAUUACAGAGAAUUUUGAAGAUGAUGCAUACAGUCUCUUCUCACGCUAAUGAAAAUAGAAUGACUGCAUCUGCUGUUGCUGCUUGCAUGGCACCCUUGCUACUACGUCCUCUAUUAGCCGGUGAAUGUGAGUUAGAGGAUGACUUCGAUUUUAAUGGUGAUAGUUCUGCUCAGCUUCUUGCUGCUGCUAAUGCUGCUAAUAAUGCUCAAGCCAUCAUUACAACUCUUUUAGAGGAGUAUGAGAAUAUAUUUGAUGAUGAAAAUCUACACAGAUGCUCCAUUUCUGCUGAUUCUCGGAUUGAAAACAGUGGGAGUGAUGAUUCAUCUGAUGAUGAAAAUAUGGAUAUAAAGGAUAACGGUUACCAUGAUGCAGAAAAUGAAGUUGAUCAAGAAACUGAUGAUGAUGCUGAUGCUGAACGAGUACUCAGUGGAAAAUUAAGUGAAAGCAGUGGUUAUGCUGGCAGUGAUCUUUAUGACUAUAAGGUUGAGGCUUUUGGUGGUGCUGAUUCGGAUGUUGGAUCACCUAGACAUAAUCAGGCUUCGGCUGAGAGUUCGAGUGUACCUGUUGGUUCUGUCCAAACUAAAGAGCCUAAUAUUCAACCUUUGGAACAACCAAGUAAACUGAAGAAAGGAAACGAGACUUUAGUUAAUGAAAUGGAUGUUUCAAGUGCAUUACCUGCUGGUGAAUCAUACCGAUCAAUGGGUGAAAUUCUAUCUUCAAUGGAUCCUGUGGCUAUUCCCAUACCUGGGCUAGAAUCAUCUGCUGAGAAGCCUGCUGGUAAAGUUGCAACCCCUAAUGCCAAUGGGAAGCGGUCAACAUUCUGGGGAAGAAGUAAUGCCAGAAAGACACCAUCAGUGGAAUCAGUUGAUUCUUCUGGAGAAGAAGAGCUGGCUAUUCAGAGGCUUGAGAUCACAAAAAAUGACUUGAAGCACAGGAUAGCAAAGGAGGCCCGGGGAAAUGCAAUUUUACAAGCCAGCUUAGAGAGGAGGAAGCAAGCUUUGCAUGAGCGACGCUUGGCACUUGAACAAGAUGUGUCGAGAUUACAAGAGCAGUUGCAAGCUGAAAGAGAUCUUAGAGCUGCACUGGAAGUCGGCUUGAGCAUGUCUUCUGGACAAUUCUCCAGUUCACGUGGCAUGGAUUCUAAAACGAGGGCUGAGCUUGAGGAGAUUGCUCUUGCUGAAGCAGAUGUUGCCAGGUUGAAGCAGAAAGUUGCAGAACUUCACCAUCAACUUAACCAGCAACGACAGCAUCAUUAUGGUUCUCUCUCUGAUGCACGCGACCGUUAUCAACAUGUCCAAAAUCAUAGCUCCCAACAGAGAUUUCUUCAGCAAGAUUUUGAUACAACCCUUGCUUUUGUCAAUCAUGAAAGGAAGCAAAGAACUGAGGAAAAUUUGUUGGUGCCAGAUUGGAGAAAUAUUAAAGUAACAGGAUUAGCAACUGGCAGCAGUAGCAGGCAGCUCCCUCAAAAGCAAUUUAUGGAAUCAACAAGUCUGAGUGAUUCCAAAAGUACUGAGGCAUCCACCAACAUGUCAAUGGAUGAGCUCUGUGGUGUUGACUCUGCUCCCUCCACUUCAAGAGCAGUAGAGAUGAUGGAUUAUCCAAGACAUCCAUCAGCAGCAUCUUCUGCUUUGGUAGAAUUAACUACCCGGCUUGAUUUCUUCAAGGAAAGGCGUUCUCAAUUAAUGGAACAGCUCCACAACCUGGACUUAAACUAUGGUGCAACAUCCUCUCAAGAUUUUAUUUAUAAACCAUCAUCCCCACCCUGGAACUGACAAGAGAAAAACUGAUGCUCAUUGCUCGCCUGUGAAGUCAUGUUGUUGUAUAUUCUUCAGGAUUGCAUAUAGGUGUAUCUUGUGUACUCUUGCUUCAAUUCCAAAAUUCUUUUCCCCCCACCACCCCCAAAACCUGUUCUUUUUUUCCUUUUUUUUUUUUUUCUCAUUUUCAUUUUUCAUUUUUCUAGGUAGAAAAUGAUUGGAUUCUGAUCCUGAUGGCUCCCGUUUCUUCCCUACCAUUGCCUCUCCUUUUGUCAUAAUACUCUGUAAACAAUAUUGAGUUGUUACCUGUUGUGUCAAUAGUAGGUAUUGAAAAAUAUGUUUUGAGAAACCUAUCUUGUAUGUGUCCGACAAGAAUUGUCUUGUGUAUAUGGAAGUGAACGAGUCAAUGACUGUUCGGAAUUUGAUGGGUGUAUUUGAAGGCAAUUUUUAUGUGGAGUAAUGCUCCUCCACCCCAAUUUAAAUAUUUAAUAGAUUUGUUUGGUUUAUUUAUUCUAA